GCCAAAGCUGUCUUGAAAUUCAUUGAAGGGAUCUCAGAGAAGACCCUGAGGAGUACUGUUGCCCUCACUGCUGCCCGAGGACGGGGGAAAUCUGCAGCUCUGGGAUUGGCUAUUGCUGGUGCAGUGGCAUUUGGGUACUCCAACAUGUUUGUUACCUCCCCAAGUCCUGAUAAUCUCCACACUUUGUUUGAAUUUGUAUUCAAAGGAUUUGAUGCUUUGCAAUAUCAGGAGCACCUGGAUUACGAGAUUAUUCAGUCUCUAAACCCUGAGUUUAAUAAAGCAGUGAUCAGAGUGAAUGUGUUCCGAGAGCACAGGCAGACCAUUCAGUAUAUACAUCCUGCAGAUGCUGUGAAACUGGGUCAGGCUGAGCUUGUUGUGAUUGAUGAAGCUGCCGCCAUCCCCCUCCCACUGGUGAAGAGCCUACUUGGACCCUACCUCGUUUUCAUGGCAUCCACCAUCAAUGGCUACGAGGGCACUGGCCGCUCACUGUCCCUCAAGCUAAUUCAGCAGCUCCGUCAGCAGAGUGCCCAGAGCCAGGUCAGCACCACCGCCGAGAAUAAGACCACAACAACUGCCAGACUGGCCUCAGCACGGACAUUGCACGAGGUUUCCCUUCAGGAGUCAAUCCGAUACGCCCCUGGGGAUGCAGUAGAGAAGUGGCUGAAUGACCUGCUGUGCUUGGAUUGCCUCAACAUUACUCGAAUUGUCUCCGGCUGCCCCUUACCUGAAGCCUGUGAACUCUACUAUGUUAAUAGAGAUACCCUCUUUUGCUACCACAAGGCUUCUGAAGUCUUCCUCCAGCGGCUUAUGGCCCUCUAUGUGGCUUCUCACUACAAGAAUUCUCCCAACGAUCUCCAGAUGCUUUCUGAUGCGCCUGCUCACCACCUCUUCUGCCUUCUGCCUCCUGUGCCCCCUACCCAGAAUGCCUUGCCUGAAGUGCUUGCCGUUGUCCAGGUGUGCCUUGAGGGAGAGAUUUCUCGCCAGUCCAUCUUGAAUAGCCUGUCUCGAGGCAAGAAGGCUUCGGGGGACCUGAUUCCAUGGACAGUAUCAGAACAGUUCCAAGAUCCAGACUUUGGUGGCCUUUCUGGGGGAAGGGUUGUUCGCAUUGCUGUUCACCCGGAUUAUCAAGGGAUGGGCUAUGGCAGCCGAGCUCUGCAGCUGCUACAGAUGUACUAUGAAGGCAGAUUCCCUUGUCUGGAGGACAAAGUCCUUGAGACAUCACGAGAAAUUCACACUGUGAGCAGUGAGGCUGUCAGCUUGUUGGAAGAGGUCAUCACUCCCCGGAAGGAUCUGCCUCCCUUACUCCUCAAACUGAAUGAGAGGCCUGCGGAACACCUGGAUUACCUGGGUGUUUCCUAUGGCUUGACCCCUAGACUUCUCAAGUUCUGGAAACGAGCUGGAUUUGUUCCUGUUUAUUUGAGACAGACACCAAAUGACCUCACUGGAGAACAUUCAUGCAUCAUGCUGAAGACACUGACUGAGGAGGAUGAAGCUGAGCGGGGAGCUUGGCUCCCAGCCUUUUGGAAAGAUUUCCGAAGGCGGUUCUUGGCCUUGCUGUCCUACCAGUUCAGUACCUUCUCUCCUGCCCUGGCUCUGAACAUCAUUCAGAACAAGAAUGUGGGAAAGCCAGCCCUUCCAGACCUAGAUCGGGAGCAGCUGGAAGCGCUCUUCCUCCCCUAUGACCUGAAGCGACUGGAGAUGUAUUCCCGGAACAUGGUUGACUAUCACCUCAUCAUGGAUUUGAUUCCGGCCAUCUCCCGUUUGUAUUUCCUGAACCAGCUGGGGGACCUGGCCUUGUCUGCUGCCCAGUCAGCUCUUCUCUUGGGGAUUGGCCUACAGCAUAAGUCUGUGGACCAGCUGGAAAAGGAGAUUGAGCUGCCCUCAGGCCAGUUGAUGGGACUUUUCAACCGAAUUAUCCGUAAAGUUGUGAAGCUGUUUACUGAUGUGCAGGAAAAGGCCAUUGAGGAGCAGAUGGUAGCAGUAAAGGAUGUCAUCAUGGAGCCCACAAUGAAGACCCUGAGUGAUGACCUGGAUGAAGCAGCAAAAGAAUUCCAGGAGAAACACCAGAAAGAAGUGGGGAAGCUCAAGAACAUGGACCUUUCUCAAUACAUAAUCCGUGGGGAUGAUGAAGAGUGGAAUGAAGUAUUGAACAAAGCUGGGCAGAAUGCCUCAAUUGUCAGCCUGAAAAGUGACAAGAAAAGGAAGUUGGAAGUCAAACAAGACACCAUACAUAACAAGAAGUUGAAGAAAAACAGAGAUAUGAAGAACAAAAAAGACAUGAAACUGAAGCGGAAGAAAUAGUGAAGAAAACCUGAGUGUCAGUGGCCAAGUUGUGAGGAGAUACACCUGACUUCUUCAACCAUCUCUGGCUGGUUUGGGCAACAGCCUGGACAGUUAUAAACAACAAGGCGCUCAGCAAACUCUGAUGCCAACCAGUAAUUCAGUGGAUAGGACUGACUAUGUCUGUCUGUGGGCCCACCCUGGCCUAAGGCAAAGUCACUCCCCAGUGGGUCUGCUUAGGACUUGAUGGUUGGUCAGUGCUCUGGCACAGGCGGGGUGGUGUCCCCCUACCCUCCUUUCCCAUAAAUUCCUAUUGCACGUUGGACCAGCUUUUCAGGCUCAUUCCCACACAUGCCGUGCUGAUUCUCAUCACUUCCCAGGUCCUUUAGUACACAAUCUCUGGUAAUGCUGAUUACCAGAUCUCAGGUUGAUGAUGGACUGCUGGGUCUCAUCACAGUCUUGUCCCAACACCCUGAGGCCUGGAGCAGCAGGACCUGUCAUGCACCCAGUGUCAUGGCAGGCCACUGUUGCAUGCUGGCCCCAGGAUUUGCUGAUGCCACCUUCUUUUCCACUCCUGCCUGUGGUGAGCCUGUAGUUCUGAGUGCCCCAGAAAAGCCUGAGCCCUUAUUUAAGUGGGAUAUGACAUGUUAGGUCAUUUGGGAGAAAAUGUUGGGAAAAGCCCUUUUGC